GCACAAGCUUUCGAAAUUAAGAUCUUCUAAUGUAAAAUCAGGGGCCCACUAAAAAUGACUGAUAGUGGACUUGAUUGUAGGCAACAACAAAAAGAAGUACAUAUGUAACACUACUGUCCUCUACCGGUCAAUAGACCUAUCACGAUGGUAUUUUGCACCUGUCAACAGACUUGAACAGGUGAGUCAUAAUUUAUUUACAUUUUUCAAAUAUUUAAUAACAACAUUCUUGAGAAGGUCUUAAGAAACAUCUAACAAGUUUUAGAAAGGAAUGUGAAUAGAUAUUGUAUAUGUUGAUCCAAUUGAUCCUUAUCGCACGUUUUAAUAAAGAUAGUAUUAGCGUUGUUAUUUAGGUGUGAAAUGUGCACAUUCCUAGUUUAAAAUUAACAAUUGGGUGAGACUUUUACAUGCUUGAAUGAAGAGUAAUCCAAAGAUGCCGGAUUCAGUAGAAGAGAGUCUCCAUGCCGUUUUAAGUGGGUUACCAUUAGAAGGAGAAGAGGCAGAAAUAUGUGAUUUUUCAUUAGAAGAACAAAAUGAAGCUUUAGAAUCACAGGGUAUACAACCCAGUGUUGACCCAAAAUAUAAACCAGUAUUAUGUGAAACUAUUAUGUACAUAGUUGCUUGCGUGAUUGUAAAUGAAUAUAAUGAGGUUCUCAUGAUGCAAGAGGCAAAGCAGUCCUGUGCAGGAAAAUGGUACUUACCAGCAGGUCAUAUGGAAAAAGGUGAAAAUAUAGUACAGGCAUGUGAGAGGGAGGUUCUAGAGGAAACGGGUCUUAAAAUUCAAUGUACUACUUUGGUAGUCAUAGAAACUGCCAGAGGCAAUUGGAUGAGGUUCGUUUUGACAGGAAAAGUAGUGGGAGGUCAGUUGAAGACUCCAUCAGAAGCAGACAAGGAAUCUUUGCAAGCUAAAUGGGUUAGAAAUUUAGGAGAAUUAGAAUUGAGAGCUGGUGAUAUUACUCAUCUCAUUGAUAGGGUUAGAAUGUAUGAACAAGCAAGAAAAAUUCAAGAACCUGGAUGGUUUGAAGAUCAGUUACCAGCUCUUCGGGCGUACCCUAGACAACUUCUACGUCUCGUGGUAGUCAUCAAAAAGAAAUCGAAUAAUCAAGUGAAUAUUUUAUUAAGCGAGAGGACUUCUUGGCAUUUACCAGCUUGUGAGAUUCAUCCUGGAAGAAGUUUACAUUCAACUUUAAGGAGGUUCAUGGUCGAACUUUUUGGAGCCGAAGUUCCUUCACAUAGACCAUGUGGAUUGCUGUCGGUUGAACAUGAUUCUUCGACAAAUCAAGACGGUCUAUGUCUAACUUUACUUGUUGCCUUCAGAUCACCAUUGGAAGAAGUUCCUAUUAUCAGUAAGUGCGUUUGGCACGAAAUUUCUUCUAAAGAUUUAAGUGAUAAAUUAUUACAGAAAGUUUCGUCGAAAAAUGCGACCUUCUUUUUGAAUGUUAUUAAAUAAAUUUAAGUACCUGUUAAAAUUUUUGAAAUUAUCUAUUCAUGUUCAAAAUUUAUAUUGUAUUGUUAGUGAAAGAUUCGAUUCGACAAUGACUUGUAAUAUUUUCUGCAUUUAUUAGCAUUUCUUAGAUCUUUUAUGUAUUUUUUUAAGGAAAAGUAUUAUUGAUUUUAUUGUACUCUUAAAAGGAAGCUAAAUUGUUAAGAUGACAUUUCGGUUUUAUUGAAGAUAUUUAUUAUCAAUUCCAUUUUUGUACAUACUAACAUUGAUAUGGUUGUGGUUUACGUUUCACGAGAAACGUAACAAUUUUCAGCAGCAUAUUUUAACUUUUUUUGUCUAUAUUCCAUAUUUUAUACUUGUUAACAUAGUUUUAUUUAUUUAAAUAUACUUAUUUUUUAUAA